AUGGCAGCGCUUCUUCAGUCCGCAUCAUGCAUCGGCUUCGCUGCGAAUCAGCUCAGCGGCCAGAAGCUCCCAACGCUCGCUUCGAACGCAUCGUCUAAGCAGCUGCGACGGCCGGCGAUUGUGACGGCAACGGCAGCGCCGGCAGCCGUCUCACAGACGGCCUCUGCGAAGAAGGGCGACGUCGCGCGAGUCGGAGUGCUCGGAGCAAGCGGAUACACUGGCGCUGAGAUCGUUCGUCUGCUGGCCGUGCAUCCGUCACUGCAAGUCACUCUCAUGACGGCGGAUCGCAAGGCCGGGCUGCCGCUCUCCUCCGUCUUCCCUCACCUCAUCUCCCAGGUGGAUCUCCCCAACAUGGUCGCCGUGGCAGAUGCGGAUUUCUCCCAGGUGGACGCCGUCUUCUGCUGCCUACCGCACGGAACCACUCAGGAAAUCAUUGCAGCGCUGCCCGAGCACCUGAAGAUUGUGGAUCUGUCUGCUGAUUUCCGGCUGAGGGACGUGAAUGAGUAUGCGCAGUGGUAUGGCGGCGAGCACAGGGCGCCCAAGCUGCAGGAAGAGGCUGUCUAUGGAUUGACUGAGAUCUACAGAGACGCAGUGAAGGCCGCUCGCCUGGUGGCCAAUCCCGGAUGUUAUCCCACGUCCGUCCAGCUCCCACUCAUUCCUCUUCUUCAGUCCAAGCUCAUCUUACCAGACGGCAUCAUCAUUGACGCCAAGUCGGGAGUGAGCGGAGCAGGGCGCGGAGCCAAGGAGGCGAACCUGUACACAGAGGUGGCGGAGGGCAUUCAUGCCUAUGGAGUUACCAACCACAGGCAUGUGCCUGAGAUUGAGCAAGGGCUGAAAGAGUUUGCCGGGGGAGCGGAUGUGACUGUCAGCUUCACUCCUCACCUCAUGCCCAUGUCACGUGGCAUGCUGUCAACCAUCUACGUUCAGAUGGCACCUGGGGCAACAGUGGACGACCUGAGAGAACACCUGAGCAGCAGAUAUCAGGAUGAGGAGUUUGUGGUGGUGUUGCCCAAGGGGAUUGUGCCGCACACACGUCAUGUGAGGGGCUCCAACUACUGCCUCGUCAAUGUCUUCCCAGACCGCAUUCCCGGCCGCGCAAUCAUCACAUCUGUGAUUGACAAUCUUGUCAAGGGAGCAUCUGGCCAAGCUCUUCAGAAUCUCAACAUCAUGCUCGGACUUCCAGAGACCGAAGCUCCCCGCGUGCUCCUCCCCAAGCCUCGCGACACCGUCGCCAUCAACCGCCUCGCGAUCCUCCUCAUGUGGUUACCCGUUUUCGCCAUCCUGCUCGUGAUCCUCGGCGGAGCGUCCGAGCGUCUUCCUGUGUGGGACACGGGUCUUCUUGACAACGUGGACGAGCAGCUGACGCAGCGAGCGCUCGCGCAGCUGGAGAAGGAUGAUGAGCUGGCAGCCGUUGGGAGGACGCAUGCCGUGGCUCCUAAGAUCGCGUUCCUGUUCAUCGUGCGAGGCCCUCUGCCGCUCGCGCCUGUUUGGGAGAGAUUCUUCCAAGGCCACCAGGGGCGCUACUCCGUGCACGUGCAUGUGUCAACGCCCAACUUCACUCUGGACGACGUGGUGGAUUCGCCGAGCUUCAAGGGCACGCAGGUGCCAGGAGUGCGGAUCUCAUGGGGCGGGCCGAACCUGAUCCGAGCGGAGAAGCGGCUUCUGGCUGCUGCCCUUGAGGAUCCGGGCAACCAAAGAUUCCGGGUGGCGGUGGGUGUUCACUAUGGCUCCAACGAUCAAGCGUCACCAGUUCAGAAAGGGGUCGCAGUGGUUUGCCCUAACUCGUGCACAUGUGCAGCCCUCAUUGUGAGGGACCGAAAGUACUAUGACCUUUUUGUGGAAACCUUCUCUGAGAUCCCUGAUGAAAGCUACAUCCAAACAGUUCUUGCGAUCGAGGACCCUGAAAACGUUGACACUCGGAGUGUGCUGUAUGUGCAUUGGGGAGGGGCCAUUUCACGGCACCCGGCUUCAUACACCCUGGAAGAAAUUAAUCCUAAUUUUAUUCGCAAAAUACAGCAAGACUACAUGGUGCCAGCAGAGACCAUAUACACGUUGACCUUAUCCGGGAGUAGGCCUUGCACACUAGGAGGAAAGCGCACCCAUUGCUUUCUGUUUGCUCGUAAAUUCGAGCUCAACACCAUCCCUGCCUUCCUGAAGUUAGCGAUAACCUUCGCAGGCGGUAUUCCGGUUGCGAUCUUGGACGUGAUGGCGGAGGUCGAGGGAAAGCGCGUCAUCACUGUGGAUGACAUCAAGACGGUGCCGAUGGAUUUCCGGUUCCCUACAGCGAACCAGGCGAAGCACUGCUUCACCUGCUACAACGAGUUCCACAAGUGCAUUGCUGAGAAGGGCGAGGGCGCCUCAGAGUGCCAGAAGUUUGCCAAGGCCUACCGGACAUUGUGCCCUGCUGAGUGGAUUGACAAGUGGAACGAGGAAAGGCAAGAGGUUUGUCUUGCUCCCUGCCUGCAUUUGAACAUGCACGAUUUUUGCUUCUCCAUUCCGUAUGGCUCGAUGCUCAUCCUUGGCGGGUUGAUAGGCUUUUUGCGGAAAGGAAGUACAGUGUCGCUUAUUGGCGGAGUAGCGUCAGGAGCGAUUCUCUGUUCAAUAGCGGCAAUCCAGCUCAAACUUUUCAAGCAGCGGAAGAACUCGUUUGCAGCCAUUUUCGCCCAACUCGCCAUCGGUGGCGCAUUGACUUACGUUCUUGGUGACCGAUACAUGACCACCCAGAAGAUCUUCCCAGCCGGUGUCGUUGCUGGAUUAAGUGCCAUUAUGACCCUCUUCUACGCAUUUAAGCUACUGACUGGUGGCAAUCACUUCAAGAAAGAGGCUGCCUCCUAA